GACUGUCUCUCUGAAAGAGCUGCUGGGGGGCACAUUUUCCCCCAAACUAUGUCCUAUUUUUAUGAAUAGGAAGACGACUCCACCCAUCACAUCGUAUCUUUAUUCCCUUUUGAUCUUGGGAUCAUUUUUUCGUCUUGGACCAGAAUUAUAUGUUCUAUAACCAUAUUUCACCUAUCAAAGUAUGUUUUUUUUGUUUGUUUCCGCCAUGUUUUUCCGCGAACCGCGAAAUUCGUCGAGCCGAUUCCGAGCCAUGGAGACAACAGCUGUCUUUUCUAGAGAGCAUUGAGUUGAGGCAGAUCCCAUGCGACCCAGGCGGACUGAGGUGCUCUAUUCACAUCUGUAGAUCUACCACUGUACCCCGCCAGCAGCCAGUAAGAAGUCUAAAAAAUGGACACCGAACGGAUCGUUCAGGAGAUUGUUGCAGCGUCAGAUGUGAAUGUCAUAACACGACGAAUGGUGCGAGAAAAAUACAAAGAAGUUCGAGGUCUCAGUGUUUUGUCUCCCACUGAGAAGAAAGCUGUCAAUGCUGUGGUGGAGAGUAUAGUUCUACAGCUGGGGAACUUGUGUAAUUCGCCGGAGAAUGAAAAGCUACAGAUCAAGCAGGCUUCAGAGAGGAGUCAAACUGGUUCCGAUGUGACAGAGUGCUCUGAGCCGAGUGGCCAGUCAUCCUCAGAGAAUUGCCUUAAUAUGUCCACUGGGAUCGUCGGUGAUACUUCGAUUAAGGAGGAAGUGGACAGUGAGGCUGAAUCGUCAUCUGUCUCUGAGAAGCAGCAAGAAGCAGACCACAGUUUUGUUUUAGAUGAAGAUGAUCAGUCUUCUCCUGAAAGACCAUGUACAGUAGAGGAGGAAGCUCUGUCGAGUGAUGUUGUAAUUUUGCUCAGCAGCGAUACCAAUUUCACAAAUGAGAAGAAAAAUAAUGGAUGUACAAAAUGUACAUGUCAAAAGAGAACUUUGUCAGAGCUGCCAGGGGAUGCCCUGUCUACGGAAAGUGAUUCAAACAGUCCUAGGCUUAGGGAAAGUGCUGCAGAUGCUGUAGCAGAGAAAACUCCUCGCCAUAGGAAAAGGCCAAAGCGACUUUCCGCUAGGGAAGCAGCAGCUGCCAUAAUGGGCUCUGACAGUGACGAUGAUGGGCGCUGUGUGGGUUUGACAGAAGAUUCGCGAAACCAUUGUUCUCCGAUCUUUGGCAAGUCAUUGAAUUCUCCAUUUAGAUUUAAAUUCACGGAACCAAAAGAUUCUCCUUUCCUAAUCAUAUCUCCGGAUUCUUGUCCUGAUCCCAAAAGGUUCUUAAAAUCUAAUCCAAAGAGACAAAUGUUGUCAAAGGAGAGCAGCUCCCUGGUGAUAUCGGACGUGGAAAGCCCCUCGUAUACGGCAGAUGUCUCAAGGCAUGGUGACAGCGACGAAGGACAGGCUUUGCUCUGUUUGAAGAAAAAACUGUCUGUUAACCGUGUCCGAAGAUCUAUCGUAGUGAACAGUUCAGACAGUGGUGACGGUGACAGCAGUUCGGUUGCUGGGCUCGUAAUAUCUGAUCGUUGGAGAGAUCUUCAUCAAGCAGUGAGUAGGUCUGGAUGUCGGGGGUUUGUACACAGCAAUUUGUCAGCUCAUGGAAAAGAUCGUAAAUACUGGUCACCGAAAGUGAGGCUCCAGAGACUACAGCUCUUUAGCGAUAAAGCAGGCCGGAAGGAGGACAUUGUUGGGAUGACUGGAAAUAUGGGCCGAGAAACAACGAAAAAAUGUUAUAGACUUAACAUUUCUUCUGAUUCUGAAGAGGAGCCCAUGGUGAAGAAUCAUAAACAUGCAGUGAAAGGGUGUGAUAGUGUCGACGGUUAUGCCGGUGUGUCUCACAUCCAAGCAGGUACUUUGAACAAGUUGUAUGAUGGGGAGACAUGUGAUUCAUUGAAUGUGCCGCUAUCAGAUGACAAGAAAAAUAAAAAGAGAAAAGCCCAAAGUCAAAAUUUCCAAAAACAGUCGAGCAGAAUAGUUACCAUAAAACAGAGACGAAAAUCUUUGGGUAAAGAACUUAACGGAAAGACAGAGACUGUGGAAGCUAGGCAGUCUCCUAUCGCCACAGCGUCUGCAAAUCUUAGAGUAUACGAUCUUCCAAGCUCCUCGUCAGACUUCAAUUCUGGGUCUGGCUUAGUGGUAACUCCUGCUAAAGAUUGCAGUGAGCCACACACUGUGGUUGGCCAAGCUUCCUCAGGGAAUGGCAUCAGUAAGACUAAGAGGAGAAGACUUUUCAGUCUUUCGUCAGAUGAUGAAAAUAAGGCAGACAAAAUAGUUACCAUAAAACAGAAAAAGAAGCCCUUGGUGAAAGAAAUGAACGGAAAGACGGGUACGCCGAGUGUAUAUGAUCUUCCAAGCUGCUCGUCGGACUCCAAUUCUAUGUCAGACCUGGAGGUGUCGCCUGCCAGAGAACACAGUGAGCCACACACUUUGGUUAACGGAGCGUCUUCACCAAGUAGCAGCAUUAAGCGUAAGAGGAAGAAAAUUUCCGUUCUCUCGUCAGACGAUGAAAAUAAUGAUGUUGAGCCUGUUUUGCUAAAGAACGACAAUUUCCUUGACAGAAAUAGUGUUGGGCAAGGUUUUCAAGACAGAGACGGUUCCUGUGAAAAUAGUGACGUACAGCUUGUCACUCGAGAGGACGAUUAUUCCUCAGACCGUAGCAAUUCUGAGCGUGUUGCGGAAAACCAAGAUAUCCCUUGCAUCUCGGGAGGGGACAAAAAUGAAGUUCCUUUCAGGCGCAAUGGAUGCUCCUCGCCAGGUGGCUCCAGCAGCAGUGACAGUGAUCUCGAGCAUGUGAAACCGACUGCAGCACACUCAAAAAUGGAAGCCCUGAAAGAUGUCAGAAAUACUUUCUACUCCUCUCCUUUGCCACCUGAGAAGGCAUCAAAAAGGAGAAGAAAAAAGCAGGUGCCUGACAACAAAGCUCAUUCUAAGGUCUCUGGUGGCUUGUCAAAGCAGUUGGUGCGUCUUCGAGCCAUUUGUCGCCACGUGGGUUUAGUGCUGAGGAACCAGCGGGAGUUGAGUGGCUGCGUGGCGGACUCUGAGAAGAUUGACAGGAUUCGGCAGCUGCUGCGAGACCGUGGCAUGAAAGGCCGUCCGACCAUGAAAAAAGCUGAGGAGCUGAAACUUCAGAGGGAGUUGCAAGACUUGGUCAGUGGAGAUGGCGGAGCACCUGUAGUAGAAAGUCGACUGCGGGGGAAGAAAAAGAAAGUUGUGACCCCACAGCAAGAGAAGAAGAGCAGGUCCCUGUGGAAGGGCCUGGAGCACUUGGUGUCCUCUGAAGCCUCAGACUGAAACAUUUUGUUUUGUUUUAUUUUAAAAAUUUUAUAUAUUUUUUUUGGUUUGUUUUGUGGCUAAUUCAGUUUUUUUCUUGAAGAAUUUGUCAUCUGCUGUGAUGAAACAACUCUGUAGAAUCUAGAUACCACUGCAUUUAGAAUUACAAAGUUCCCUCUGACAUUUUUGGCCGUUUUGAGUUACUGAGAGGUCAGAAACCAAAUGUUCUAUUGGCUCUAUCAAAAUCAUAGGAUCAUUCAGAGUUGUUAUGAAGAUAUUAGAAAAAUUGCAUUAGAAAAAGCUUGACAUGUGAAACUCAAAUUUUUUGAAUGUCAAAUUUCUCAAAACUGGGUCCUGAGCAGAUAAAACUUUGUAAUUCUAGGGUAGCGAUGUGUUGAUGGCUAGCUAUACUAUAAGAUUAUGAGACGUUAUUUUUACUGUUUACUGCCGUUUUGUUUCCAGCCCGACAUAGUCUACGUUUUGAUGUUUGCCUGCCUUUGAGGGUCUAGUCUCCUCUUCUGUUCAUGUACUUCUGAUUGCUGUAGCUGUGUAGGGUAGCCUCAGAUGUAGUUCUCUCCUAUGUUUCUCGUCUUUUUCCUGAAACCCUAUUUCCGUUCCAUGCAUUUUCCCAGAAUGCUCAGGUGUUCAUGAGAAAAUUAAAAUAUGAUGUGUGAGGUAUGCUGA